AUGACACCAGUACACUUCAGCUUUACCUCAGCCUUUAUUCUAGGGCUCAUAGGACUCGCGUUUCACCGCACCCAUCUUCUUUCAGCCCUUCUAUGCCUAGAAGGAAUGAUACUCUCUCUAUUUAUUGCCCUCUCCCUGUGAGCCCUCCAAAUAGAAGCAACUGGUUACUCAGUGGCUCCUAUACUCCUCCUAGCAUUCUCAGCCUGUGAAGCCAGCGCAGGUUUAGCCCUACUAGUAGCAACCGCACGAACACAUGGCACGGACCGCCUCCAAAGCUUAAACCUCCUCCAAUGUUAA